UUCCUAUGCGGAACCAUCGAGCGAAGGGCUGCUCAGAAUAGGGGAGUGGAAAGAGUGUGACACAGUCACCGCAUAGCAACAAUGUGAGAAGAAGGGUCGUUUGACAGCGGUGUGAGCGGGGUAAAAACCAAGAUGGCUACCCGCCGUGUUCCACUAGUUUUGCUCGCUUGUGGUUCCUUUAAUCCCAUCACCAACCAGCACAUGAGGCUGUUUGAGCUGGCCAGAGACCACAUGCACAGCACAGGCCAGUACCAGGUGGUGGGUGGCAUCGUGUCUCCAGUGAGUGACGGCUAUGGAAAGCAAGGCCUUGUACUGGCAAAGCACCGCAUUGCUAUGGCAAAGCUGGCGCUCCAGAGCUCUGACUGGGUCAAGGUUGAUGAAUGGGAGAGCCAGCAGCCAGACUGGACAGAGACUGUGGUCACCAUGAGGUAUCAUUAUGGGCGUAUUCUGGAGCAGUUUGAGCAGAGAACGGUAACGCACGUGGACUCCACCACACCCCUCUCAAGUCCCAGUCCCCAGCUGAAGCUCCUGUGUGGAGCUGAUUUCCUCGACACCUUCAAGAUCCCUGGCCUGUGGCGGGACGACCACGUGCAGGAAGUGGCCGGGCGAUUUGGCUUUGUCUGCGUCAGCCGAGGGGGGCUUGAGCCCGAGCGAGUCGUGCACGAGUCGGACACGCUCUCCCGCCACAGUCAAAACAUUUUCCUGGUGAGGGAAUGGGUAAAGAAUGAGACGAGCGCCACCGAGGUCCGCCGGGCUCUGAGACGGAGACUGAGCGUGAAAUACCUGAUCCCAGACUCUGUGAUAGAAUAUAUUCACCAGCACAACCUCUACACGGAGGACAGCGAGAGGAGAAAUGAGGGCACGGUUCUGAGGCCGCUUGCCAAACAGGCACAACAGCCUGUGAAGAGUCUGGAUGACUGUAGCCGUCCACAGCAGACCUCCUUGUUCACCGGAAGUAAGGAAACCAGCAGAGAAAGAGCCAACAUGCCAGCUAAUUUGAAUGGAUAUUGGAAAAUGAUUUCCAAUGACAACUUCGAGGAGUACCUGAAGGCCCUUGAUGUAAAUGUUGCCAUCAGGAAAAUCGCCACUUUGUUGAAGCCUGACAAGGACAUCACCCAUGACGGGGACCACAUAAUCAUCAAAACCCUCAGCACCUUCAAAAACUACAACAUGGACUUCUAUGUAGGCAAAGAGUUCGAGGAGGAUCUGUCUGGUGUGGAUGAUAGGAAAUGCAUGACCACUAUCACCUGGGAGGGAGACAAGCUGGUGUGUGUGCAGAAGGGAGAGAUUGAAGGAAGAGGCUGGACCCACUGGGUGAACGGAGAUGAGCUUCAUCUGGAGCUGAGAGCUGGAGGAGUUGUUUGCCAUCUACACACAACAGUAUCACCAGCUGCCAUCAUGCCUGCAGACUUCAAUGGGAAAUGGAUACUGGAAACCAGUGAGAAAUUUGAAGAUUAUUUGAAAGUGCUGAAUAUUGAUUUUGCUACAAGGAAAAUUGCCAUCUCCCUGUCUCAAACCAAAGUGGUAGUCCAAGAUGGAGACAAGUUCAACUUCAAAACACUGAGCACGUUAAGGAAUUAUGAGCACUCCUUCACUAUAGGGGUUGAGUUUGAUGAGUACACCAAGGGACUAGACAACAGAAAAAUCAAGGGUCUGGUGAUCUGGGAGGGCGACAAGCUGGUGUGCACUCAGAAAGGAGAGAAGGCCAACCGUGGCUGGAAACACUGGAUCGAAGGAGAUAAACUGUACCUGGAGCUGACAUGUGAAGAUGUAGUUUGUCUUCAGGUGUUCAAGAAAAAAGAAUAAACGGCAAAAUAUCUGUUUUUGUUUUCAUUUAAUUUGUUUGCUCCUCAAUGACAUGUUUUCUCAAACCUAUGAACAAAAUGAAUA